UGUUAGUGGUCUGACGGAACACUUUCUGGGACAAAACUUCUAGCGUUAGAGAGUGAGAGAGUCAGGAAGAUACUGAUCAGAGGAACAAAUAACUAUUAAAAAAUAUACAUACAUUUUCCUAAUGUUGACAGUUGCUAAAUGCAUAUUUCUCUCAAUUAUUCCGUGAUUUCUAACAGAGUAAGUAAGGAUCUAGGAUCAGGGCAGGCAGGGGACCUGGACGUGCAGCCAAGCCCACCAAGGAUGCACUGAGCUGGGGAACAUCUGCUGUGGCCUCCCCCUAGCACUGCCAUGGCAUCUGACCCUUCACCCCCAAGCCCCGCCCCUCUGGGCUCCCAGGUCCACGCAGCCGCCGUCAACGGAGACCGGAGCGUCCUCCUCAGACUCAUCACAGUGGAUCCCUCCCUGCGUGACCGUGAGGACCAGUUUGGGCGUACCCCACUGAUGUACUGUGUCCUGGCUGACCGUCUGGACUGUGCUGAGACACUGCUGAAGGCGGGAGCCUCUGUUAACAAGACUGACCAUAGCCAACGUACUGCGCUGCACCUGGCAGCACAGAAGGGGAACGUGCGGUUUCUGAAGCUGCUCCUGUCUCGUCGUGCUGAUUGGCUGCAGAAGGAUCUAGAGGAGGUAACACCCCUCCACCUGGCGACCCGUCACCCCUCCCCCAAACCCCUGGCCUUGCUGCUCAAACACAUAGGACCUGGAGAGGUGGAUACACAGGACAAGAACAAGCAGACUGCGCUCCACUGGUCAGCGUUCUAUAACAGGCCAGAGCACGUCAGACUGCUCAUCAAACAUGACUCCAACAUUGGCAUCCCUGACAGCGAGGGCAAGAUCCCCCUACACUGGGCUGCACACAGCCAGGAGCACACCGCUAUACACACCGUCCGCUGCAUACUGGAGGCGGCUCCUACCGAGUCUCUGUUGAACUGGCAGGACUAUGAGGGGCGCACGCCUUUGCACUUUGCUGUUGCCGACGGCAACGAGGCAGUGGUGGAGGUGCUGACAUCGUAUGACGGCUGCAGCGUCACGGCGUACGACAACCUGUUCAGAACCCCGCUGCACUGGGCUGCACUGCUGGGACAUGCCAAGAUAGUGCACUUGUUGUUGGAGAGGAACACGUCAGGCACCAUCCCCUCAGACAGCCAUGGGGCCACACCUCUACACUAUGGAGCUCAGAGCAACUACGCUGAGACGGUGGGUGUGUUUCUGUCCCACCCCUCUGUGAAAGACGAGCCAGAUCUGGAGGGCCGCACAGCAUUCAUGUGGGCUGCUGGCAAAGGAAGCGAUGAUGUCAUACGCACCAUGCUGACACUCACGCCUCACAUUGACAUCAACAUGGCCGACAAGUACGGAGGCACUGCGCUGCACGCGGCCUCUCUGUCAGGUCAUGUGAGUACAGUGAGGUUGCUGUUGGAGAGAGGAGCCAUAGUGGACAGUCUAGACGUGAUGAAACACACGCCUCUGUUCAGAGCCUGUGAGAUGGGACACCGCCACAUCAUCCUCACACUUAUCAAAGGCUCUGCUCGUGUCCACCUGGUGGAUCUAGAUGGACACACUGCUCUCCACUGGGCGGCUCUGGGGGGGAACGCUGAAGUCUGCCAGUUGCUGAUGGAGAAUGGGAUCAGUCCUAACGUCCAGGACCAGGCAGGCAGGACUCCUCUCCAGUGUGCUGCUUAUGGAGGGUACAUCACCUGUAUGGCUGUACUACUCAUGGAGAACAACGCCGACCCUAAUAUACAGGACAAAGAGGGCAGGACAGCUCUCCACUGGUCCUGUAACAAUGGCUAUCUGGAUGCUGUGAAGCUGCUGCUGAACUCUAAUGCCUUCCCCAACCACAUGGAACACAACGAGGAGAGGUACACCCCCCUGGACUACGCCCUCCUAGGGGAACACAGUGAGGUGACUCAGUACAUGUUGGAGCAUGGAGCUCUGUCUAUAGCGGCCAUCCAGGACAUCGCUGCUGCUUCCAUCCAGGCGCUGUAUAAAGGAUACACGGUCCGCAAGGCCUUCACUGAGAGGAAACAACUACUGAUGAGACACGAACAGCUACGCAAGGACGCAGCCAAGAAACGCGAGGAGGAGCAGCGGAGGCGGGAGGCGGAGCAGCAAAUCUCAUUGGCCAGAACAGAGAAACAGAGGAUGUUAUUGGCCCGCGCUGAGCAGGAGCAGCUGUCAUUGGCUGAGACUAUGAAGGAACUGUCAGUGUAUGAGAGAGAGGCAGGGGGCGGGGCUAAUACAGCCUCCAAAGCAGAACAGACCAAUAGCAAAGAGGAGACACGGAAACAUAGAGCACAUAGAAGCAGACCCUCCAGGGGAGGGAAGGAGGCGCAGCCAGCCAAAGGCCCUGACCCCGUGGUGACCCCUCACCCCUCAGUGACCUCUGACCCCAUGCCCCCUGCGCAGGGGUCUAGGGUCAGGGAGCGUCUCUCUCCUGCAGGCUGCAGCCGACCCCCCAGUCCAAAACACAGACCCCCCACCACACCCAGGACCAAGAGACUCACCUCUGCAAACACACACACUCCUUCCAAAACACACACUCCCUCCAACACACACACUCCCUCCAACACACACACUCCUUCCAACACACACACUCCCUCCAACACACACACUCCUUCCAACACACACACUCCCUCCAACACACACACUCCUUCCAACACACACACUCCUUCCAACACACACACUCCAUCCAACACAAACAUGUCUACUCGCCCCACCAUGGAUCAAGAAGCCCCCAGCACCAGGGAACGCACCCCUAGAAGCAAGAGAGACACACACACCAACACACACAACCCCAGACACAGAACACGCCCUGCCACAGACCAUACCACCUCCUCCAGCAAGAACCACACUAAAGCCUCCACACAGUCACACCGCCCCAGCAGCAAGCCCAGGGAGCGGGACAGAGACCAGGCUGCCUGCACUAUCCAACGAGCCUGGAGGAGGUUCCAUGUGCGAGGCAGAUUGAGGGAGGCUUUUGGUGCUGGGAAAAGAGUGGAGCCACCUGAGGUCGCCUCCCUCCUGAUCCAGCUGCUCUGGGAUAGGCCGGCUUUCCCUGGUCACACCCCUAUUAGGACCAAGCCUGAGGCCAGAGUUCCACCCACCAAGACAGCAGCCAAGAGCUCAGUGCUGCAAAGCAUCUAUGGAGGUUCUGUGGCCCGAAGGGGGCGCUCACUCGGGGGUUCUCAGUCUCAGAUACUACUGGACCUGUCACUACGCACACACAGCCAGCUGAGUAGUGUGGAGUGUGUGCACCUGUGUGAUGCAGUGGGGCAGGCCAGGCAGUACUCCUACCACCUCAGACCCCACAGCGCUGGACAGGGCCGGGGGAAACACUGACGACUACACACACACCCUGCAUGUGUCCUUCGUGGCUCAGUUGGUAGAGCAUGGCGCUUCUAAUGCUAGGGUACUGGGUUUGAUUCCCAGGACCAGCCAUAUGUAAAAUGUAUGCACGCGUGACUGAGUUGCUUUGGAUAUAAGCAUCUGCUAAAUGGCAUACACACAUAUAAUAUAUGUGUGUGUUGUCUUGAAAUGACUUACCCAACUGCCUUAUCAUGGUGGAGUUAUUGGCCAGAUUGUAAACAGAGCAUCUAUAUACUGACAAGAGGGGGGCCCCAAUGGUGUAACUAUAGGAAUAUGUUUCUGCAGAGGUGGGAAAUCUUAAGCCAAUGAGGGCAGGUUUGCAUGUGAACAAUGCUGAUAUAACUGACUUCUCAGAGAUGCCAUGUGUGUCCACUUAUCAGUACAGAUGUAAUAACCUAAAUAUUACAAAAUGUAUAUUAGGUCAAAUAAGCCUCACUCAUCAAUUUGACACUCAUUGACCACCAUAUAAAAAAUCCCCACUUGGUUUGUGUCAUGCUGUAUUUUCAGGCAGAGUAAUAAUCCCUCUUCCUCUCAGAUUGUACUCUCUGCCCAGUAUUAACCAUGGAGGAGUUCUUGGCCUGAUUGUUUAUACUCUCACAGGAAGAGAGGACAAAGUUAUGAGACGUCACAGUCAUGACCUCACAAGGCGGAGUUAAGUCAACCGACAUGGUAUGUGUGCAAGAUCAUUUCAACCAUACAGAAAAUGAACACACACACACAGAGAGAUAACCUUUCCUCCCAUGUGGAGAAUGAGGCAGUCUGUCAACAGCCGGUCAUACAGCCAGCCCACCUGCAGACGCUGACACACACGCCUGCUUGCAAACACACACUCUUCCCAUCAGCCAUAACACUUGUACUAGGUUGUAGUCAACUCUACCUCAGUAUCUACCUGAGCAGGUUCCCACAGGCAUGCAUGCCCCUCCCACUUUCCCCCCUCAGCCAUAAUAGUAGGUACACAGAUGUACACAAGGUCAUUUAGGUCCAGAGGGUACACGUGUACCUGUGCUUUCUCUGUAGGACUCUGUGGGGGGGGGGGGGGGGGGGGUAUAUUUAUGCAUUUCAUACACACUCUGUUACUCUUUAAUUGUAUAUUAUACAUCACUUCCUGCCUUAAAGAGAUAGUUGACUUAAAAAGUUAGCCAGAUGUUUGUGGCACCUCCACAAUGGGAACUGUCACGUUAAAGAUAGAAACUGUUUCAGUGUGGAUGCUGUUCACUCUGAUGCACUACUGGUGAAACACUAUCAGAUGUCAAGGCUUUACAUUUAUGAAUGAAAACCAACCUCAAUGUUAAUGUCCAUGUUUUUCUACUCUUUUAGAAAACUUGUCAAAUAAAUACAUUGACAAGUU